AUGGGUGGCCUUCGCGCGGUCGAGGAUCGGCCCACGCCGAAAGAGGUGUACAACUGGCGCCUCUACAUUGAGUCGUCCAUCAUCGCCAUGGGAUCAUUGCUCUUCGGUUACGACUCGGCCUUCAUCGGAACGACAAUCUCACGCGCCAGUUUCGUGAGAGACUUCGGCAUAACCUCAGCUACAUCUAAGGAGAUAUCCUCCAACAUCACUUCGGCCUUCCAGGCCGGCGCUCUUGGCGGCGCGCUUAUAGCUAAUUUGUCUUUGACAGUCACCGAGCGUGUCGGACGCAAAUGGGCCUUAAUUAUCAGCAACCUUGUCUUCAUCGCCGGGGCGGUGCCUAUGGUCGCUGCCACCAACGACCUAGCUUCCAUGUACGCCGGUAGAGCCCUGACUGGCUGGGGAUGUGGCGUUAUCACUGCGACUGUGCCCUCCUAUAUUGCUGAACUAUCCAUUCCCUCGAUCCGUGGUAUCUUGACCGGUUUGUUCGAAGUUACAUACCAAACAGGCUCUCUUGUCGGCUUCUGGAUCAACUACGGCAUCAACCAAAACAUGAACCCCAGAAGCUCGGCGUCUUGGAGGCUACCAAUGGCUGUUCAGCUCAUUCCUGCAGCUGCCUUGCUUGUUGGCGGCUUUUUUCUGCAUGAGUCGCCUCUCUGGCUUUACCGCAAGGGUCGCGAAGAAGAGGGAACCAAGGUACUUGUCGCGUUGAGGCAUUUACCAGCUGAUCAUCAGUAUAUGCAAGAAGAGGUGGGAAUGAUUCGCGCUAGGCUUGCCGAAGAGGCUGAACUGUCAAAAGCCUACGGUAGCGGUUUCUACGCCUACAUCCGUGGCGCACUGUUUGAGUUGUCGCGUAAGGGAAUGUGGAAUCGUCUGCUUUUGGUCUUUAUUUCAUUCUCCCUGCAGAACAUGUCGGGUGCUGCUGCUAUUAACUAUUAUUCCCCUAUGCUCUUCGGAUCCAUUGGAAUCACAGAUGUAGCUUUGUACACUGGCAUCUAUGGCUUAGUCAAGGCGGUUGCGUCCAUUAUAUUCUACGGUGCUCUCAUUGAUAUUUGGGGCCGCCGUAGACCAACCAUCAUCUCUUCACUGGCUUGCUCACUGUGUCUUUGGUUUGUGGGCGCAUAUGUAAAGGUCGGUAACCCAGCGCCAAUUAUCGCCGCUGGCAAGGAGCUCUCCUCGUCAACCGAGGCUGGUGGGCGAGCCGCCACAGCAGCCAUCAUGAUAUACUCCGUUUUUUGGUCUUUUGGCCUUAACGGAAUCCCGUGGAUUGUCUCGGCGGAAAUCUUCCCUGGUGCUCUUCGCAACCUCACAGGAACAUUCGCCGCAUUCACCCAAUGGCUGAUUCAAUUCAUUAUCACCAAGGCGUUGCCAUACAUCUUCGCCAGCCUCGACUUCGGCGUGUGGUUCUUCUUCGCCUGCUGGAUGCUCACAGCCACUGUCUGGGCCUACUUCUUCUUGCCUGAGACCAAGGGUGUCACGUUGGACCAAAUGGAUGUACUCUUCGGCUACGAGGGCGAUCGCCAAACACAUGGCCAGACACUCAAAGCAGAUGAUUCCAAAAGCGUCGACCACGAUGUUCACGAAGUUGAUGAAGCUGGUAAAGUAUAG